AUGCAGUGCGAAGCUGAGAUUGUCCUCGUGCAGGAUAUUCUUGACGAAGCUGGCUUCGUGCUUGAUGAGAACAAUCCUCUCAUUUAUGUGUCCGGGGAUGAAGCAUCGCGAGCAGAUGGUGUCCCCUACGUAGUCGUCUACAAGAAAGUGGCCAUUCGAAAAACGCCUUCUACAGAGUCGCAUGUGCUGGGAGCGUUCGAAGCUGGAGAUCAAUUGACCCUUUUUGAGACUGAUGUUACAGGGGCCUGGCGGAAACUCCACUUUAAGCUCAAAGGUGGCUACGGCAGCCUUGUGGAGGCUUGGGUGAUGCUUCGGCACCAUAAGCUUGGAACUUUGGUCCAGCGAACGGACGGGAAGAGCGAAAAGGAGGCCAAGGUGCCGGGAAACUUAUCAGGCAUGCUUCUUUUUAUGAAUCGGAGACAAUUUUCUAGUGCAGAGGAUCCUGACAAGACUGCAAGAGCUUCAGCUUUGGCAGCUGAAUUUGGCGAGCGCCUCAUGCUCAUGGAGGGGAAGGACGUGCGCCGAUUCAUGCCGACGGAAAACCGCAGAAGUUUCGAGGUGGUCCGAAAGCCCGUGGUGGCCGUGAGAACCAUGCCCCACAAAGACGCCCUGAUAGUAACCACCGCAGAGUACGGGCGGUUCGUCGACACUUUCGGUGUGGAUGAUACGGGCGAAUGGCGCAAGGUAUUUUGCUGCUGCACAUCAUCUGGGCGUGAGGAUGUGCCACUUCCGGACGCACCCUUGCCAGCAUGGAUGCUCGAGAAGCAUGAGACCUUGGGUGUCUUGUUGAGGCCAGCUGAUGAUGCGAUGCGGCCUGUGAGCAGCUAA